AUGUUCAGUCGAGCGAUAGCCCGUCGGCAAGGUAUUCACGACCUCCUGGCCCUGGCCGCCCCCCUCCUCCUCCGACCAUGCACCGCCCGCUUCAUCUCCCAAGACACUCCCUCUGGCCUGACUGCCGAAGUCCUCGAGUCCCUGACGACAGCAGCCGCCCUCGACCAGGUCCCCAGCACCGCUGACGCCGCCAACACCCAGAACCAGCGCCGCGUGCCCUCGGCGACGAGCAGCGCCGUGCCCGAGUCGUGGAAGGAGUACCGCCGCGCCCAGAACCUCACCAAGACGAUCGGCUCCGAAGUCAAGUCGGCCUACAUCCCGUCCGAGCUGGUGACGAACCCGCCGCACCCGCGCGACAUUACGCUCGAGCUCCUCAUGGCCUCGCAGACGCACAUGGGCCACCACCGCUCGCGCUGGAACCCGGCCAACUCGCGCUACAUCUACGGCGUGCGCGACAACGUCCACGUCAUCAGCCUCGAGACGACGGCCUCGCACCUGCGCCGCGCCGCCCGCGUCGUCGAGGAGGUCGCCUUCCACGGCGGUCUCGUGCUCUUCGUCGGCACCCGCCCGGGCCAGAUGGACAUUGUCACCAAGGCGGCCGGCCGCGCCGGCGGCUGCCACCUCUACACCAAGUGGACGCCCGGCGCCAUUACGAACCGCGACUUUAUCCUGCGCGACCGCGAGGUCGUCUUCCUCGACGAGCACGACAAGCCCGUGCCUGGCUUUGACGGACACGUCAUGGAUCGGAGGCCCAUGGUGCCUGAUCUCGUCGUGUGCCUCAACCCGAUGGAGAACAAGACGUUGCUGAACGAGUGUGGCCUGGCGACGAUCCCGACGAUUGGCAUCAUCGACACGGAUGCGGAUCCUACGUGGGUCACGUACGCUAUCCCGGCCAACGACGACAGUCUUCGAUCGACCAGCCUCAUUGGUGGCAUUCUCGGACGCGCUGGGCAGGAGGGCCAGAAGCGGCGCAAGGAAGCCGCGGCCGCGGGCCAGGUGUCGUGGGACAACCCCGUCGAGGUGCAGCGGUACAUGACCAAGACGCGCGAGGCGUACAAGGCCGCCAAGGCUGUCUGGCAAGAAGACAUGAAGGCGAUGCAGGAGAGCAAGAAUGGAAACGCCGACAGGCUGCUGGCCCUGAAGCGGACACCAACAAGCGAGUCGUCGCGGGCCAGCGUCAUGGACCUGUAG